CAUAAAGGGCCUCCCUUCUGCCCUUCCCCAGGGUGUGCAGGGGCCGGCAUGGACCAGUCUGUGGCCAUCCAGGAGACCCUGGCUGAUGGGGACUAUUGCCGGCAGGCGGUGCAAGGUAUGCUGUGCGAGGGCGACAGCAGGCAGAGCCGCCUCCUGGGACUCGUGCGCUGCCGUCCGGAGCGAGGUGGCCAGGAACACGCUCUCUUCCUGUACACGCACCGGAGGAUGGCCAUUACCGGGGACGAUGUCUCCUUGGACCAGAUCGUGCCAGUCUCUCGGGAUUUCACACUGGAAGAAGUGUCCCCGGAUGGUGAGUUCUACAUUCUUGGCUCAGAUGUCACCGUCCAGCUGGACACAGCAGAGCUCAGCCUCCUUUUCCAGCUCCCCUUUGGUUCACACACCAGAAUGUUCCUCCAGGAAGUUGCCAGGGCCUGUCCAGGCUUCGUCCCAGCGAUCCCAGAUCCUGAGUUCCUGUGGCUGUCUCGAUACAGGUGCACUGAGCCGGAGCCCGAGCCGCCCACGCCGCGAAGCUGGAAUUCAGCCCCGGGCACCUGGCCGGGGCGUGCCAGAAUUGGCGGAGGCAGGUAUCGGUCUUGGAAGGCGCGAAAGGGAUUGGAGGAGACCUCGCCUCAGGCGGGCCCCGUUCUGUUUGGGGGCGGGGCUACGAAGCAGACCGGCCUUCGAUUGGCGGGGGUGGCACGCGGGGGCGGGCUCCUUUGGGGGGCGGAGCGGCUCGGGCAGCGAGAUGAAGAGCUUGAGGAAGCUGGCAGGGAAAUGUCCGCCGCCGCCGGCUCUCGGGAGCGCGACUCGGCAGGUGGUUCUUCCUCUGACGAGCUGAGACCAAAUGGGAAGGGCCUGCCUGUGGACCAAAGCUCCUGGGGUCAGAAUAAACCAGAAAACUCGCUCUCAAGACAGAACAAGUCCAAAUCUGAAAUAAGCAACAUGGUUCGCUCCUCUACUAUCACAGUAUCAGACAAGGCUCACAUUUUAUCCAUGCAGAAGUUUGGACUGCGAGAUACAAUUGUGAAAUCACAUCUAAUACAGAAAGAAGAGGAUUAUACCUACAUCCAGAACUUCAGAUUUUUUGUAGGAACGUACAAUGUGAAUGGACAGUCCCCCAAGGAGUGCCUCCGGCCCUGGCUCAGCCACGAUACCCAGGCCCCAGAUGUGUACUGUGUGGGGUUCCAGGAGCUUGAUCUGAGUAAGGAAGCCUUUUUCUUCCACGAUACCCCAAAGGAGGAAGAGUGGUUUAAAGCUGUAUCAGAGGGUCUUCAUCCAGACGCCAAAUAUGCAAAGGUGAAGCUCAUCCGACUGGUUGGGAUUAUGCUGCUGCUAUAUGUCAAACAGGAGCAUGCCGCGUACAUCUCAGAAGUGGAAGCUGAGACAGUAGGGACAGGAAUCAUGGGGAGAAUGGGUAACAAAGGGGGCGUGGCCAUCCGGUUCCGGUUUCACAACACCAGCAUCUGCGUGGUCAAUUCCCACCUGGCAGCCCACACGGAGGAGUACGAGAGGAGGAACCAGGACUACAAAGACAUUUGUUCUCGAAUGCAGUUCUGUCAGGUCGACCCAAGCCUGCCCCCUCUCACCAUCAGCAAGCACGACGUGAUCUUGUGGCUGGGGGACCUCAACUACAGGAUAGAAGAUCCGGAUGUGGAAAAAGUGAAAAAACUCAUCGAAGAGAAGGCCUUUCAAACGCUGUAUGCGUAUGACCAGCUGAGAGCUCAGGUGGCUGCAAAGGCUGUCUUCGAGGGCUUCAGUGAGGGUGAGCUCACGUUCCAGCCUACCUAUAAGUAUGAUACUGGCUCCGAUGACUGGGAUACCAGCGAGAAGUGUCGUGCUCCUGCCUGGUGUGACCGGGUCCUCUGGAAAGGGAAGAACAUCACUCAGCUGAGCUACCAGAGCCACAUGGCCCUGAAGACCAGUGACCACAAGCCCGUCAGCUCAGUGUUUGACAUUGGGGUGAGGGUCAUCAAUGAAGAGCUGUAUCGGAAAACUCUGGAGGAGAUUGUUCGCUCCCUCGAUAAGAUGGAAAACGCCAAUAUCCCUUCCGUGUCCCUCUCCAAGCGAGAGUUCUGUUUUCAGAAUGUGAAGUACAUGCACCUGCAGGUAGAGUCCUUUACCAUUCGGAAUGGACAGGUGCCGUGUCAGUUUGAGUUCAUCAGCAAGCCUAACGAAGAGUCCUACUGUAAGCAGUGGCUUCGAGCCAGCCCCAGCAGAGGGUUCCUCCUGCCAGAUUCUGCCGUUGAGAUUGAAUUAGAGCUAUUUGUAAAUAAGACCACAGCUACAAAGCUCAACUCGGGUGAAGACAAAAUUGAGGACAUUCUGGUUUUGCACUUGGACAGAGGAAAGGAUUACUUCCUGUCUGUGUCUGGGAACUACAUGCCAAGCUGCUUCGGAUCACCCAUUCACACGUUGUGCUACAUGAAGGAGCCAAUUUUGGACUUGCCACUAGAAACCAUUAGAGAGCUGACUCUGAUGCGACUCCAGACUGAAGAUAAUGGGAGCCAAUUGGAGAAACCCAUGGACAUCCCCAAGGAGCUCUGGAUAUUGGUUGAUUACCUGUACCGAAAUGCCAUCCAGCAGGAAGAUCUGUUUCAGCAGCCAGGCCUGAGGUCGGAAUUUGAUCAUAUCAGGGACUGUUUAGAUACUGGGACGAUUGAUAACCUCUCUGCUAGCAAUCAUUCUGUGGCUGAAGCCCUGCUGCUCUUCUUGGAGAGCCUGCCAGAGCCUGUCAUCUGUUUCAGCGCCUACCGCAACUGCUUGGAGUGUUCCGGCAACCUCACAGCAAGUAAACAGGUCAUUACUACCCUUCCUGCGUGCCACAGAAAUGUCUUCACCUAUUUGAUGGCGUUUUUGCAAGAACUGCUGAAAAAUUCAGCAAAAAACCAUUUGGAUGAUAAUAUUCUAGCCAGCAUAUUUGGUAGCCUGCUGCUUCGAAACCCAGCUGGUCAGCAAAAGCUUGAAAUGGCAGAAAAGAAGAAGGCUCAAGAAUUUAUUCACCAGUUCCUCACUCACCCUGAGCCUCUCUCUCUCCUCUCCUAUUCUGCCUGAGACAGCCAGUUACCAGCCCCACCUGUUUCAGCUCCAGAGCUGCCCUAAGAGGAUAUGAACCCACAGGGAAGCCUGAGUGGCAGCUGCCUGUUUCUUGAGCCCAGACCACCCUCUCCACCAUGACCAUCACACUCAGUGCUGCUGCGAAGAGUGAAGACAUUGUGAAGACAUUGAGGGGAAAUCCACCACAGUAAAACUGACAUGCAGCGUUCAACUUUAGUUUUUUAACAGAUUUUUUUUUUUAACGUUUAAACAGCCAUACUCCUUGUGCUCAACCUGCUUCCAAGACAUACAGUGCCUUCCCUGUAGCUUGAGCCGAGCUCCCCACAAUCAGAUAUUUGAACAGACUUUGGAGUCCUGAAGGAUGAAUGAGGAUGCAAAUACAAAGAAUGUAAAUGGAAGCUGCUGGAUAAACAGGCCACACAGCCUCUCCAGGUGCUUUCAGCGCUCUAUCCAAGGACAUGUGUAUACACAUAUGCAAACCCUGCCCCGCCUCCCACUCAUAAAUAUGGCUCAACAACUCUGGAACUGGCCACUUAGCCUCCAAGGGGAAUACAGUGGCUUGAAAAUAAAAAUGCUGAAGAAACUGGGUGUUCUGGUGAAACAAGUGGAGUUUACCAGGCCA